AUGAAAUGGGCGAUUCAUAGUUGCACUGGUUUGUCGGGACCCACUCUGUAGUUUUGUUGAUUACUGUGCGCUUUGAAAAGUGCUGCUUGACUGAGGAUACUGCAAGAAAUACAAGAUGGGAUCAGCUGAACUUCGGAAAGAACUGGAGACGUAUUUGGAGGAACUCGGUAUCGAAACUGUGUCGGUUGACCAUCCAGAGGUGUUUACUGUGGAGGAGAUGAUGCCCCAUGUUCAGCAUCUCAGCGGAGCGGUCACCAAAAACCUAUUUCUGAAGGACAAAAAGAAGAAGAGCCUGUGGCUCGUGUCCACCCGUCACGACCGCCAGGUCAACCUGAACGACUUGGCCAAGAAGCUGAGCCUGGGCAGUGGGAACCUCCGCUUCGCCGACGAAGCCAUCAUGGUGGAGAAGCUGAAGGUGGCUCAAGGCUGCGCCACGGCUCUCGCCCUCUUCUGCGACAAAGACCAGAGCGUCAAGUUCGUCCUGGACAGUGACCUGGUGAACGGCGGACACGAGAGGAUCUACUUCCAUCCCAUGACCAAUGCUGCUACAAUGGGCCUAAAACCAGAUGACCUCAUCAAGUUCUUAAAAGAGACAGGGCAUGAGCCAGUCCUACAGAGUUUUGAGUAGUCAUUGGGGUUAUACAUGCAAAUCUAAGGUCAACUGUCAAGGUCAGAUGUGCGCAAUACCAUUCUUUUUCUGAGUGACUGUUCAUAUACGAGGCCUGUAAUGUCUUGUCACAAGCCUUAAUUUAUGUAAUUAUGUAAUUCUUCCGGUGCUUCUGAUGUUUAAUUUUGCUAGAUUUUGUUUUAUUCAGAUCUGAUGGGUGGAGUUGGUGCAUGAUGAACUGGUUGUUUUCACGCGUCUGCGGUCAGUUUGACCAACAAUAAAUGACACACAGGA